AAAAAUUGCUUCCGGGAUAUAAAGGGAUUUUAAACUACAUACACAAAUGAUUGAAUGAUUCAGCCACUACAUGUCGGGUGUAAUUUCUGCUCAGAAAUGAUCACGAAAUUCAGAUGUAUGUCCGCAAAAAAAUCGUUUUAUUUCUUGGUUUUGAUUUCUGUUAUUUGUUUUGAUAAUGGUGUUACGAAGUCGUAUAAAGCCGUGGUUUUCAUGCAUGGAAUAUUUGGAGAUGUCGCUGUUGAAUCACAAGAGUUGGAUGCAUGGAUAAAACAGGUUCACCCCGACACACCGUUCUACGCCAUACCCCUAUAUCAAAGACUUGACAGCCUUGUGCCUCUAUGGAAACAGGUUGACGUCAUAAGUAAGGAGGUGAUCAGCAUCAUGAACAAUCACACCAACGGCAUCCAUCUUAUCUGUUUCUCACAAGGAGGCCUGAUUUGUCGCGGAAUUUUGUCAACAACUCAGCACAACGUGGACACCUUCAUUUCUCUGAGCGCACCACUAGCCGGGCAGUACGGAGAUACAAAUUAUCUGAAGUACAUUUUCCCAAAUUUCCUGAAAUCGGAACUGCACAGAGUGCUUUAUACAAAAGAAGGACAAGACGUCUCGUUGGGAAAUUACUGGAAAGAUCCCCACCACUUGGAAGAAUACCAGAAAUAUUCUAAAUUUCUUGCACCGUUAAACAAUGAUACCUACACGCCAAACAUCAAUAAGUACAAGCAAAACUUCCUAAGACUUAAUAGACUUAUUCUGAUUGGUGGACCGAACGAUGGCGUCAUCACUCCAUGGGAAUCAAGCCAUUUUGCUUAUUACAACUCUGAAGAGAAAAUUGUCGAAAUGGAACAACAGAGAUACUUCCUGGAAGAUUCCUUCGGUUUACAGACGUUAUAUAAACAGAAGAAGAUCAAGACUUAUACCAUUCCCGGCGUGCAACACAUCCAUUGGCAUAGCAACAAGACAGUGUUUGACAACGCCAUACUUCCUUGGCUAAUAUAGAUAAAAUUCAGACAGAUCCAUGCCUUUUUUAAAAUAUGUAUUUUAUUAUACACCCACUCACUGACGACAAAGCACAUCAAUGCAAUGAUACAAUGCUCAAACAUUUUAUUUUAUUUGGUUUUACAUAGCAUGUGAGAGUAUUUUCAUUAUUGAAUUAUUUUGUUCACUCUAAAAUUUUGUAAGUGCACGUACAUGUAUGUGCGAAUAGAAAUGAUUGUACAUGAUGAAGCCUUUGUCCUACUGUGAAAAUGUCACAAUUACUUUAUACACAACACACAUUGACCUGCAUUUGUAUAAAAGAAUAUAACAUUUCAAUAAUUAUAAUAUGAAGAUGGAAUAAAAUGGUUACAAUUUA